AUGAAUGAAAUCAAUAGUUAUGAAGAUGUUCAACAAUAUAUUCACCAAAUAAAACAACAAGAGUGUUAUAAUGAACAAGAAUCUCAAGAGAAAAUGGAAAUUAAAGAGGAAGAAAUGGAAAUAGAUCAAAGUAACAUUGAAAAUGAAAAUGAAAAAAUAUUACAAGAAAUGCAAGAGAUUAAAGAGAAUAAAAGAAAUGUUAAAGAACUUUGUGAAUUAUUGCAAAAAAGUGAAAUGAAAAAAAUUACUGAAGAAUGGAAUAACGAAGGAAUAAGAUUACAUGAAAUGUUAAAGGAAGCUAUUAAAGAAGAAAUGAAAACUGCUUUAAUUUGGUGGAAUAAUCAUUCAGAUGAAGAAAGAAGAGCUGUGCUUAUGCUUUCUGUUCAUGCACUAUUAGAUGAUGGAAUGGAAACAGGAGAAUCAUUGUUGCUUGCAGAUGUAUUUCCAGAUAUAAAUUAUUUAUCAGAACAUCCUCAAACAGUAAUGAAAUUUAUUAGUAAUAUUUGUAAAAAUCCACGGUAUUGUAAUAGUGAAAUAUUUAAUUUUGAAGAAUUAAAAGAAAUAUUUGAAAAAGAAGUUGGUAGUGUAAUGGCAUUAUCAUGCAUUACAACGAUGCUUGAUGCAAGGGUAUGUAUUGCAUGUAAAUUAUGCAUUAAUAUAUUAAUAAUUACUAAUCAGAUUGAUUAUUGA